AUGCAUCCUCACCUACGCUGCAAUCUAACGCAGUCGCCCACCCAACCUUGCUUCCUCCGCCCCUUUCUCGCCCCUGCCCUACUGUGUGCAGCGCCCCCACCCUCCUGUGCCACCAUUGUGUGUCCGACCAACUCCACUUGCAAUGCCACUGCCAACCCGCCCUGCAUCUGCAAUGCAGGGUUUGAGAUGACAAACGGCCAGUGCGUUGGUGAGUUUCCUCCUUCUCACCCUCUCUCUCAUCUCCUCUUCCUUCUCUCUUCCUUCUCUCAUUUUUCCUUUUCUCCUUCUUCCUUCCCACCCUCUUGCCUCUCACUCUUGCAUAUCUCGGUUAAUCUCACCCUCCUCCCUCUCACUCUUGUUGCUUACCCUUGCCCCUCACUCAUGUCUCUCACCCAUUUGCCUCUCACUCUUGCUUCUUACCCUCUUACCUCUCCCCCUUGCUUCUCACCCUCUUGCCUCUCACGCUUGCUUUCCUCGCACCUUGCUCACCUUUUACCUGCUGUGUGCUGCGCCCCCACCCUCCUGUGCCACCAUUCCUCCUCCUCCUCAUCUUCUCCCUUCUGUCCUUCGUUCUCUCCCUCAUCCCGUGCGCUCCCUUUUCACCGUCUUCCUUCUCUCCGUCGCCCUUCUCUCCUUUUUCCUUCUCUCCCUCUUCUUUCUCUCCCUCUUUCUCCUUGCCUUCUUCCUUCUUGCCGUCUUCCUUCUCUCCAUCUCCCUUCUCAUCUUGCUUUUAUCCUGAUUGCUUCUCUCCCAUUUCCUUCUCCCCCUCUUCCUUCCCUCCCUCUUCGUUCUUCCCCUCUUUCUCUCUCUUUCUUGCUUCUGGCCCUGUUUCUUCUCUCCCUCAUCUUUCCCUCUUGCUUCUCACAUUCUAUUGUCUUACCCCCUCCCUUCUCCCUCUGGCUUCUAUCCCUCUUCCCACUCGCCAUCUUUAUCCACUGCCUUCACCUGCUCACUCCCUGA